AUGAGUACAGGGUCUGCUAAUCAGUAUCUGUCGCUAAUGUUUAACCUCUUGACCCUCUCAAAGUGUUCUCUUGCGGAUCCCAACAUGUGGCCGGAGGAUUAUGCUGAGAUUGCCCUUGAGAAAGGCUUUGAAACGUAUGAUUUUAUAGUAGUGGGUGCUGGGACUGCUGGAUCUGUUAUAGCUAGUCGUUUAAGUGAAAAUCCUAAAUGGAAAAUUCUUCUUCUCGAAGCUGGAGCAGAUCCACCUAUUGAAUCAACUGUACCAGCACUGGUAGCAGACUUAGCUGAAACAAUCUACGAUUGGCAGUAUAGGAUUGAGCAGCAGAAUCAUAGCAUUUUCUCCGGAGCAUGGCCAAGGGGGAAAAUGCUGGGAGGUUCGAAUGCAAUAAAUGGAAUGCAGUACGUCAGAGGAAACAGGGAUGACUACAACAAUUGGCUAGAACUGGGGAAUCCAACAUGGGGAUGGGACAAUGUUUUGGAAUAUUUUAAGAAGUUUGAAAAUAAUCUUGAUCCUGAGAUUGUCAAGAGCUACGGCGGCCACUAUCAUUCAACAAAAGGUCCCUUUACGGUUGGCCUAAUUGACGAUAUGCUCUCAAUUAAUUACGAUAUCAUUGAAGCUGCUGAGGAAGUAGGUUACAAAUUUCUCCUAAAUGCCAAUGCAGUGGAACACAUUGGAUUUACUUUCUCUCAAACAAUGAUAAGUUCAGGAAAACGCGAAACUGCAGCGACGGCUUUUCUUAUUCCCGCUAAAAGUCGACCAAAUCUUCACGUCGUAAAGAAUGCUCAUGUUAUGAAUUUGCUGCUGAACAAAAAGGGAGUAGUUUCAGGAGUUAGAUUUCUUCUUCAGGGAAAAAAUAUCCUACGAGUUCAUGCAAGCAAGGAAGUUAUCCUGAGUGCAGGAGCCAUAAAUACUCCACAAAUUCUCAUGCUAUCGGGCAUUGGUCCAGCGGGACAUCUUAAGAAAUUGGGAAUACCUGUUGUGAAAAAUGCAGCAGUUGGGCAGAACCUUCAAGAUCAUCCAGGAAUAGUCCUUGCUGUUAAAUACGAUGAAUCAACGGCUGUUCCUUAUACCAAAUUUGACGCAAUGCAGGACUUUUAUGAGUAUUUAGUGAAUCAAACGGGUUUACUUGCCAACUCAGGACCUAGAUAUGUUGCAGGAUAUGUUAAUACGGACGAUCCGUAUGCAUUAUUUCCCAAUUUUCAGUUCCUACAUAAUACCUAUCAAAAAGGUCAAGUUGAAAACUUAAGACGUGCCUUCAAUUACUACGGAUACAAUGAAUAUAUAGCAGAGAUUGGUUCAUCUCUAGCUAGAGAAGCAAAUGUACUUUUAAUCUUCCCAACACUCCUAACUCCAAAAUCAAGAGGAGAAAUUCUGCUGCGGAACACAAAUCCAACGGAAAAAGUUCGAAUAUUUGCAAACUAUUUGACGGAACUGUUUGACUUGGUUUCCUUCAUCAAAGCGAUAAGGCUGUAUCAAGAGUUCUUCUCAACUGAAGCCUAUCGGAAGAGAGAAGCAGAGCUGAUCUUGUUCCCUAUUCCUGAAUGUGAUAGUUUAGAGGUUAACAGUGACGACUACUGGGCUUGCUACGUACGCUACAUGACUACAACGAUCUUCCAUCCAGUGGGAACGGCUAAAAUGGGUCCUGACUCCGAUCCUGCAGCCGUUGUUGACUACAGACUUCGUGUUAAGGGUACAAAGGGCUUAAGGGUGGUUGAUGCCAGUAUAAUGCCUAUUAUUCCGCGUGGGAAUACAAACACUCCCACAAUGAUGAUUGCAGAGAAGGCUGCUGACUUUAUCAAGGAAGAUUGGAGCUAA